AUGAGAGGAGUUGGAAGAAAAGGGAAAACUCAAAAGGGAGCAAAAAUUGAGAAUAAUAAAGAAAAUGACACAUUCAGAGUAGAGGGGAGCAGUCGUUCAUCCUCUGCUAAAUCGUCUCCCAGAAAGAAAAAGGAGUCACAUGGCACUUUAACGCUGAUCGAUGCUGUGCCUGAUCACAUCUCCCUCUUCAAACCCACCGAUCUCCACCCUGCACCUUCCACUUUGAUUAAUAAUGAGGGUGGAGAUUAUCCUCCCAUACAAAACUUUGAGGAUGCCAAGUACAUUUGCAUUUUGGAGUCUUCAAAGUUAUGGGCCAUUGCAGCUCCUAUAGCAUUUAAUAUCCUCUGCAAUUAUGGGAUUAACUCCUUCACCAAUAUAUUUGUUGGUCACUUUGGAGAUAUUGAGUUAUCUGCUGUUGCAAUUUCUCUCUGUGUCAUUGCCAACUUUUCUUUUGGCUUCUUGUUUGGUAUGGGAAGUGCACUCAAGACACUAUGUGGGCAAGCAUUUGGAGCAGGGCAAAUAGAAUUACUUGGAGUAUACAUGCAACGCUCAUGGAUAAUCUUGUUUGUUGCUUGCUUCUUCUUAUUGCUGCUUUAUGUAUAUGCCACUCCAAUUCUAGUGCUCCUUGGACAAGAAGUUGAUAUAGCAGAACUUGCAGUGAACGAGGAGAUGUAG